GUAGGUAGUCUAUUAUGUAACGAGGCACGAGCGGAGGAAUAGAGUUUGGUCUUCGAGCGAACGUCGGACGUGGCAUUACGCUUCUUGUCUCCGUGCCACAACAAUCGUUCGCACUCAGAAGUAUCGUCUUGCUCGUUUUUAUUUCUUCUCACCUAUUACCUACACCAAACAACUCUCUAGCAUAUUCUAAUUUACAUGGCAGACCCAUCGUUAGAAGUCUGUCCCGACUUCGACGGUCCAGUGUACGCAAAUAUCUGCGGCGACAUACAAAGAGCAACCGGCCAAACCCAAGAAGCCGUCGUCACAUGUCUCAUUCAAUCAUGGACCGAUGGUCACAACCAGAGAGUCAAUGACUGGAACCUAGUCAGGGAGCAGGAAGCGGCUGAGGCUGCAGAAGUCGAGCAAGCACGUGCAGCCCAGGAAGAGGAGGCUCGCAUACAACGAGAAGUGGAAGCUGAGAAGGAGAAAGCGGAGGUCGAGAAAAAGAAACCAAAGAUGAACAGCUUCGACGAGACUGUUUCAGUAGGAGACUCCAUCUUCCCGCGUCCUUCCCAAUAUGCAACCCAAAAGCUUAACAAUUUCGAUUAUAUAGAGCUAUGGUAUUUUUCCCUGGAUGGCUGCAAGGAGGUGCUAUGCACUGCGCGAUCAGUCGCGGACGACUUCGGCCUCACCAGGGUUGACGACCAGUUAACGAUCCGCCCGGCCUACGCUUUCAAAGCUUCGAAGUCAGCCAUUGCAGAUCACGACCUCCCAUUCCUGACUUUCCUCCGCGCAAAGAAUUUAUUCCUAAUGCAACUCAGUAAAGCCAAAUGGCCACAGAGCCACAUUGAUGCUCUUUCCCUCUUUUUCUGGCAUCUCGAGAACCACCCCAUUCGCAACAACAGUGAAAUCGGAGACACGGUCAUCCUCCAUUACGCCUCACGUGUCUGUUUAGAUUGGCACGACCGUCUCAAACGAGACGAAGGUUUCAACAUCGCUAUCAUCAAUGAAACCCUCCUUUGUGCGAUCAACGAGGAGCUCUGGGACAGAAUCCGCUCUAAAACGUUAACUGCGGUACGUCUAUCCUCUAAUUAG